GCGAGGAAGGCUGCCUGCCAGGGGCACAAGCAACUGGGCAAGGUGCCUCUCUCUCUUCCUUUCCCUUUCUGCCCCUCGCCAUGGAGCGCAAAGUGGCCCGGGAAUUCAGGCACAAGGUUGACCUGUUAGUUGAUAAUGAAGCAGAGAAAGAUUAUCUGUACGAUGUCCUGCGGAUGUACCAUGAAUCCAUGAAUCUUCCAGUGUUGGUGGGGGAUCUGAAGUAUGUCAUCAAUGAACCAAGUCGACUACCAUUGUUUGAAGCCAUCCGUCCUCUUAUCCCAUUAAAACAUCAAGUGGAAUAUGAUCAAUUAACACCUAAACGAUCUAGAAAACUGAAAGAGGUGAGGUUGGAUCGAUUGCAUCCUGAAGGCCUUGGAAUAAGUGUGCGAGGAGGUGUUGAAUUUGCUUGUGGCCUUUUUAUUUCACAGCUGAUGAAAGGUGGACAAGCAGACAGUGUUGGACUUCAGAUUGGAGAUGAGAUUGUCCGAAUUAAUGGAUACUCAAUUUCUUCAUGUACUCAUGAAGAAGUGAUUAAUCUUAUUCGCACAAGGAAAAUAGUGUCUAUAAAAGUGCGACAUGUUGGCAUGAUACCUGUCAAAAGUUCUCCUGAUGAGCCUCUCAAGUGGCAAUUUGUGGAUCAGUUUAUAUCAGAUCCUGGGGAAGGUAAAAGCAGUGUUGCUGGACUUGCAUCAUCUGGAGGGAAAAAUCAUAAAGAGAAGAAAGUUUUCAUUAGCUUGAUUGGUACAAAAGGCAUGGGGUGCAGUAUUUCCAGUGGUCCUACACAAAAACCAGGCAUUUUCAUAAGCCAUGUUAAGCCAAAUUCUCUAUCUGCCGAAGUAGGGUUAGAGGUUGGUGAUCAGAUUGUUGAAGUAAAUGGAAUGGACUUUUCCAAAAUAGAUCACAGAGAGGCUGUGAAGGUGUUGAAAAGUAGUCAAACUCUGACUAUCACUGUUGUAACAGGAGCUGGGAAAGAAUUGUUUAUGACUGAAGAAGAAAGGCAGAGAGAGGAGUAUAAUCGUGAGAUGGAGCGAGAAGAGCUGCUACGUCAGAAGCGCCUUGCACUAGAGACCAAUAAAAUUCUGAAAGAACAGCAAGAGAAAGAGAAACUGCGGAAAAUGGAAAUUGCACAGAAGGCUGCUGAGGAAGAAGAAAGAUACCUCAAAGAAAUCGAACAGAUAAAGGCAGAGGAAGAGAGAUUUAAAAAGCAGUGGGAAGAAGACUGGGGCCAUAAAGAUCCACCCAAACCCCCUAAAACUGUAGUUGCAGAAGUACAUCCUCCCCCUCGUCCUAAACAUAGACUAGAUUUAGAUGAAAAAACCCUUGACCAGCCUGCAGCAGAUGAUGAUAUGAGUGGAAUGAAAGAGAACCAGCAGGUUUGCUGUAUCACCUUGGCUUCCUAUCUUGACUUUGAUACUUCCUGCACUGCUCUUCCUCCUGACAAUUUUGGAUGGUUUUAUCGGUAUGAAGGAAAAUUUCCCACAAUUCGCAAGAAAGGGAAAGAAAGAAAGAAAUCCAAAAACGACAGCCUCAGUGAGCAGAAAAAGAGUAAAAUGCAACUAGAAUUUGAGCUAAAACUUCUUAAGGAAAAAGAAGAGAAAUUGGAAAGAGAAAAACAGCUGAAAAUCAACCGACUUGUGCAAGAGGUAUCUGAGACCGAACGAGAAGAUUUAGAGGAAUCGGAAAAGAUUCAACACUGGGUGGAAAAGCUUUGUCAAACACGUUUAGAACAAAUCUCCUCUGUGGAGAAUGAUACUCCAGAGACAACAGGUGUACGUCCUGCUGUUUCUCCUUCUGCAACAUCUGUACAGAGGUUUGCUGGUGGAUUGCAACUCCACACCACUGACCUUGAUGAUAUCAACUUAGAUGAUGUUGGCAAGCCUCCAAAAUAUCCAGCUCCACCUCCACCUCCAUUGUCCCAUGUAGCACCUGUAUCGUCAGUGGCUUAUCCACUUUCUGGACCAAAUGUCUCAGCUGUUCGAGGACCAGCUCCAGUGUCCUCUGCAGCUACAUGGAUACCAUCACCAUCAUCUUCUUCUUCUUGGAUACAUAUCCCACCACCUCCUCUGUCACCACCACCUCCUCUAUCACCACCACCUUCUCCCCCACCCCACCCUCCUCCUCCUUUGAUCCUCCAUCCAUUGCCCACACAUUUGGAAGAAAGAAUGGGCAGCUACAGCUAUCAACCUGGUGGGCCAGCAGAGUCAUUCACUGACUGGGAAAUGAAAAAUUACAAAGGAAGGAGUUUUACUCCUGUUGGUUCUCAGGCCAGUGAGCAGCAGACCUAUUUAUCCAGUCCAAAGGUUGCACGAAAUACAUCUCAUGUCAGCAAGGUAUCAUCUACAUCAGGCAACUCAUUGCAAUUUUCUCCAAGCCCUCCUGCCCAGCAUCGCUCAGCUAUACCUAUAGUCUCCAAACCAGUCAUGCUGCAUCCUGACCACAAUAUCAAGGUCAGACCAGCAAUCAAAUCAGAAGCCCUGCCUCAAGAAAUGUUUAAAAGAAUGGUGGUUUACAAUUCAUCAUUUAAAACUAACAAAAAACAAGGCUUCCAGAAAUAUGUGGAAGAUUUUGAUCCAUACACAAUGUUUUCACCAGAUCAAAUUAUGGGGAAAGAUGUCCGACUUCUGCGUAUUAAGAAGGAAGGAUCAUUAGAUCUUGCAGUAGAAGGAGGCAUUGAUUCCCCAGUUGGAAAAAUAGUGGUAUCUGCUAUUUAUGAGGGGGGUGCUGCAGACAAACAUGGAGGCAUUGUGAAGGGGGAUGAAAUAAUGGCUGUAAAUGGGAAGAUUCUAAUGGAUGUUAAACUGGAUGAGGCUCAAGCAACCCUUACAAAGGCCUGGAAUAUGGGUGGGGAUUGGAUUGACUUGGUCAUCGCAGUGUCUCCUCCCAAGGAAUAUGAUGAUGAAAUGACAUUUUUUUAAUAACAUGGGAGAAAUCACACAUAAGCGUUCUGAAGAAAACCACCACUUAAUAAGUACCAUGACAGUCUUGACAAAUUCCAGCCUUCUUGAAUUAGAGAAGUAAGAAUAAGAUGAACUUAAGAUUCUGCAAAUGAUUCAUGGCACAUCUUGUGUUUGAACUCUGGAAGCAACAUGCCAUUUCGUUUCCAUUCUUAAACUAUGCUCAAUGUCCGAUUUUGACUGCCAACAGCUGAAUAAUUCACUGUAGACACAGGGGCCAACUCUAAGUGCAUUGCAUGUAAAAUUGUUUAGAAAUUGUCAUCAUGACAAAAGAGAGACACGUCCUUUCCCAUAAAUGCAGAUAAGCCAUUUAAUUCUGUAUACAUCUACUUGGAAGUAAAUACAAUUGAGUUCAGUGGAAGUGGAAUACAAGAGAAACAGUUUAGGCAAAACAUGGCUAAGAACUGGAUUCUGUUGUCAUCUAUUUUUCCCGCAUAAUCCAGUGAUAAAAAAAAAAUCUCAGCUUAGCACUCAGUACAGCUAUUUCAUGUUGGUUCAAGCUUCAAAAUGCCAAGGAACAGGAUUCUAUAGCCAAUGCUUUACUACAUGGACUUCAUGAGCAAUAAUGGUGUUCAACAAUAUCACAAAUUCAAUCUUUUCCUUGCUCUUCGAUGCCCAAAUCCAGAUAGGGAGGAUGGAGCAGCAAAGUUUUAAACUAUGUUGCGCUGUUCCUUUGUUACUAGAGUAAUCUGGUCCUCUCCAGAUGUUUUAGAUACCCCCAGUACCGGCACUCAAGAUGGUUUACAAAUUAUUAAAACCAAUGCAGACUAAAAACAUACAAAAACAUCAGUAAAAAUACAUAUGUAAAUGUUAUUUUAAAAAACAAUCUAUAGAGUUAAGACCAUUUAAAAUUAAUUAGGCAGAAUAUAAAUUCAGCACAAAGGUAUCCCUCCCCAUUCAUAUCACAGACGACCAGUAUUAGGAAAUUAAUAAGAAUCAUUGAUUAGGUAAGACAGCAGAGGAAAGAACUUCACCUUCCCAAUUGUCCCAAUAAUGUGGUACAGUGCGCCCGGGCAUGCUUUACAUGGCUUUCAGCAUAUGCUGAAAGCAGCACGGGGAGAAGGGGCGGCACAUCCCAUAGGGACAAAUGGGGCAUGUGCCCAUGGUGUGCACACACUGCUGCACCGCCGUGUGCAUGAGCCCCAUUCAUUUAAAGGGGCUCAAGCAUAGGUGGUAUUUGCUUUACACGGGGGAGUCCAGAAUGGAUCCCCUGCGUAAAGUAAGGGCACACUGUAAUAUGUAGUUACAGGGCCAGAGCAGAUGGACAUAAAAGAGCAGCGUGAGUCUGCUCCAGCCAGAAGUGCAUCCAAAUCCCACUGACUGCACAACCUGCUCUGAAAGAGGGCCAUGCUUGCUGGGGCCAACUGAUGAUUCCAGGAGAUAAUUAUCCCAGCUCCUUUUUGCUCUGGUUCAAAGGACCAGAGCAUGGCCUCGGUGCAGCUUCCAGCCGUUUUGGAAACAUGCGUCAUGUAAUCAGCACACUUCCAAAGUGGCUGGAAGCUCCUUUUUUUCUGUCUUGGUGUUUCACUCCUAACUUGUGAGCUUGCAUUCUGUAACUAAAGAAAUUGUUAUUUCACCAUAGAAUCUACUAGAGUCCCUCUGAAAGAGAGAAUCUAUUUAAAACACAGUCAUACUGGCAGAAUUCUAACUUAAGACUGAAACUGAACGUGCACGAUGUAACGUUACCAACAGCUGCUGCCUUAAACUUUAAUAUGGCAAAAAAUCUUAAUUUUUUAACCACUGCUCAAAGCAUCACUAAAUGAAUGAGUCAACUCAUACCUACCUUGAGAAGCCUCAAGAAUGUAUACCAGUCGUUUUCACCAAAAUGUAAUAGAAAUAAAUGUUAUGCCUUUCUGAAAAUGAUGGAAAGAGAUAAAUGUGUCAGCUUUUAAGCAUUGUUUAAAGUUGAUGUACCUGUGGCAGUUUUCAUAAUCAGAUUUGUUUGAAAUGGGUAACAGUAGUAGACUUCAAGUAGGUCAUAGAUGCAAAGUGCAAUCAGUUUUUUUAAAAAAAAUCUUUAUCUGUGUAAACAACUUCUAUAUUCAGCUGUGAAUUUACCUUUAGCACAGGCUUCUAGUUUACUAUAAUUAAAAGCAAAGCAUAUGUUAAAAAUAUUUUCAUAUAAGAUAAAUAACAUAAAUGUUUCAAGGUUUAUUGCUUCUUUGAGUUAUUAUCUUGAAUAUUGGUACAAAUAGAGCAUAUUCAUUUCUUCAUGUCUUUGCCUUUUUUAAAAAAAAAAGUUUUAUGUUCCAUGUACAUUGCUGUUCCCAUGUGCCGAAAAGCCAGUCAAGAAUAAAAAUGGUUAUUGCCAAAU